AAGCUAUACGUGUUAUAUGAACACAGCGCGGGGUUCGCGCUGUUUCGUGUGGCGGAGUUUGAAGAAUUAGCAGCAUUUCUGCCGCAAGUUGAAGAAUCUGUGACUGAUUUACAAAGAUUCAAUUCAGUUGUUACAUUAAUCGCAUUCCAACCAUUUAAAUCUGCUGUGGUUGCAUUGGAAAACAUUAAUGCAAUAUCUGAAGGUAUAGUCCCAGAGGAUCUAAACUUGUUUUUGGAGGGAGCGCUACCAAAGCGUAAGAAGAGAGGAAAAUGUACCUUAGGUGUGGCAGACCCCAAACUGGGGGCUGCCAUCAGCGAGGCAUUGGAGAUACCAUGCUCACACACUGGUGCUGUGCCCGAACUCAUCAGAGGUAUCCGCCAUCACUUCCAUGCUCUGAUCAAAGGUCUGACAUUGAAGGCGUGCAGUGUGGCACAGCUCGGUCUGGGUCAUUCGUACUCUCGCGCUCGUGUCAAGUUCAACGUGCACCGUGUUGAUAACAUGAUUAUUCAAUCUAUUGCAUUAUUGGAUCAACUCGAUAAGGAUGUUAAUACAUUCUCUAUGAGAAUCAGAGAAUGGUACUCAUACCAUUUCCCGGAGCUUGUCAGUAUUGUACCUGAGAAUAAUUUGUACACGAAAUGUGCGGAAUACAUCAAAGACAGGAAGUCACUCUCAGAAGAGUCGGUGGAGCCGUUAACAGAGAUCUUGGGAGACUCGGAGAAGGCUCAAGCAAUUAUUGAUGCAUCCAAAAUGUCAAUGGGAAUGGAUAUAUCUCCUGUUGACUUGAUUAAUAUACAAAUGUUUGCCGGUAGAGUUGUUGCUUUAAGUAACUACAGGAAACAAAUAGCAGAAUACCUGCACACUAAAAUGAACUCGGUGGCUCCAAACCUGACCACAUUGAUCGGAGACCAGGUGGGCGCGAGGCUGAUAUCCAAAGCGGGAUCACUCACCAGUCUCGCCAAGUACCCAGCCUCCACACUACAGAUACUUGGUAAGGGAACAAAUACAUAA